AUGGAGAAAGUAUGUUACAUAUCCUAUAUUCCUAUUCACCUUAUUGAAAUGAUAUUAUUACUACUAGAUUGUAGAUCUUUAAAGAAUUCGAAACGCGUGUGCAAAAAGUGGAACUCUUUGAUAAGAGAUUUCACUUUCAAGAAAAUGCACUCGGAUAAUCAAAGAAUAAGGUCAACCCUUUUUGUCCGAGGUGAUCAAUUUUGGGCUAGUAGUAGUGCUUCUUCAACAAGCUCUCAUGAUAUUACUUACUUCUUACCCAAAAAGAUAAACUAUUCGUCGUUGGUCAUAGAAGGUUGUGACAAAGGAGUACUAUGCUUAACAGAUUAUAUCGACAAAUUCUUCUACCUAUGGAACCCUGCAAUCAGAAAGGUUAAGAAUUUUGGAAAGGUUAAGAAUUUUGGUCGAGGAAGGUUGGAAAAUUUCAGACUCGGAUUUGGCUUCGACUCGGUAAGUAAUUGUUUCAAAGUUGUGAAAGUAAUUUCUGAUAACGACUGCAAGCAUGAUGGUCUCUUCAAAGAAGAUAAUAGAGUCGAAGUUUACAAUUUUGGCACAUUACCAUCGGAUAUUGGUUAUGUGAUUGAGAAAAAAUCAUCAAUGGUGAAUAAUAUAUUUUCAUCUUGUUCAACCAUCAAUAGAACUCGUUCGAAUAGCAAGUGCUCUAUUGUGGUGAAUAAUCGUGUUCAUUGGAUGUUGUUCUAUGGUAGUGGUUAUAAUAAUGAUCGUGAUGAGGGCUAUUCGUUUGGAAUAGUUGCUUUUGAUCUACACAAAGAGGAGUUCGAGUUGAUUAAUACACCUAAAGAUGUGGUGAGAGUGUCACAAGUUGAAAAUAUAAAUAAGCUUUGUGAGUGUCUUGGUUUUAUUACUUGGGAUGAGUUAAAUCUUGUGGCAGAGAUAUGGGUGAUGAAGGAGUAUGGGGUCUUUGAUUCUUGGACGAAACGACACACAAUCAACUUAGAAAGUUUGUGUGGUAACUAUCGUCCUUUUUUAAAUCUUUUGGUUAAUUUUGGGAAUGAUGGCGAUCUGUUCAUCAGUGUUGGUAGAGUUCUUUUGUUUUGGUAUCAUUUGGAGAAGAGCUCCGUUCACGCAGUCAGUCUUAAUUAUCAGCAUAGACUUAACAGUAUUGUGACUGAUUAUGUUGAAACUCUCUUUUAA